AUGGGCAAGUUCGUUUCCUCUCUUUAUUUCUUUGGUUUGCUCUCAUCCGUACAAAAGUACCAAGGCCGGACUGCACAUUCUCCGGCCAACCAACCAAUUUUUUGCCUCCUUUUUCCGGCAAUGACGAAGGAGUCCGCCCAACACCCGUCACGGCCGGAAUUGUACAACUCCGCACCAGUGGCUGUAAUCCUUACAGUUAUUCUCCUAUUAUUCUUCUUCAUUGGUUUCUUGUUCAUAUACUUCUGCAAGUGUAUCAUGCACAACCUAAUCUACAGGGGGCAUAUCAGACAUAGUGAUUCUGGCACUCCGGCCAGUCCGGCAGGAUCUACAGGAGCUACUGGCCUUGACCCUUCAAUCAUAAAGUCUUUUCCCACAUUCCCAUAUUCGAAUGUUAAAGAUUUUCGAAGGGAAAAGUAUGGUUUAGAAUGUGCCAUUUGCUUGUGCGAGUUUGAAGAUGAUAAUUUUCUCCGGCUUUUGACAUCAUGUUGCCAUGUAUUUCAUCAAGAGUGCAUUGAUCUUUGGCUUGAUUCUCAUAAAACAUGUCCGGUUUGUCGUAUGAGACUCAACACCUCACCGGAGAAAUCUCCGAUUUCUAUUGCCAAUCGGCCCAAUCCCAUGCAAUACAUAAAUGAAAAUGAGUCAUUGGAAGGUACUUUUAGCAUCAAUGUUAGGGAUGACAAUGAAGACGAAAGAGGAGGCAGUGGCAAGAGAGAUAUAGCAGGAGGUCCGAGCACAGCCGGACGGGUCGAAGGACACGAUGAGGUAGAAAAAUUUCCGAGGUCACACUCGACAGGGCAUUCAAUAGCUAGGACUAAAGAAGAAGAAGAAGAUAGGUUUACAUUGAGAUUACCGGAACAUGUGAAAGCAAAGCUUAUGAGGUGGCAUAAUUGGCCGAGAAGUUGCACCACAUUCGGAGACUACCAAAGCAAAACGUCCACUGGUAAUGGUGGCUUCGGAGAGGUAUCAGGGUUACCUGGUGGAGGUGGAGACAUCAACAAA